GUUCGGGAUUGAGGAGUACGACCUCGAUCCAAACAAGAAGGGCGUCAAAAUCGACAUCCCCACUGUCCAGAGCCUCGAUAAUACGACGACGAAAAACGCAGGAACCAGCCAUCUGGGCGUCUGCUCUUCAUGCAAGGCUACCCGUCCCCUGAAUCACAUCGGCUCAAAAUUCAACAUCGAUCCGGAGUUCUUUUGCCGCCAUCUGGAAUUCGAACAGUUGCAAAGAGCCCCCACACACUUCUUCAUGCCCUCGUUGCCAUCGGCACGGGAGAUCAUACGCAUCCGCAUAACCUCUAUCCUCUCCCGCGACGAUUUCCACUUCCAGCCUGCGCACACGAUUGCAGAUCUGCGGAAUUUGUGUAAGGUGCAUAUGGCAAAGUACUUGAACAACCUCGUGAAGAGUCUCAAUGUAUCCGUAUCUGAGUCGAUUGUGCGACGCUUCUCAGUAUAUGAUAAGCAGCAUUUCUCAAUCGAACAAAUGGUUACAAUUUGCGUCACCCAUAACACACAGGAUUGGAUGGCACUCAUCUGGCUCAACCACGGGAAAGAUCUCGGCCAUUCUUCAACCGGACCCUGGAAAGUAUUGCAGUGGAGUAGCAGAACCCCAAAGAACCUUGCUGUCCUCCCAACUAUCCAGUACCGUAGUCGCAUAGCUCUCAAGCGCGAGCCCAACCAUGCAAGCCCUGAUCAUCCUGCAGCGGAACAAAACCCUUUAAGUCUGCCACAUAACGCUGCUUGUCUCGCCUCUGAUUAUGGACGGUCUCUACGACCUGAAAUCAUGGAAUGUGAUGCAUUCUACGCCCUCGACGAGCUGUUCCGCUUCGCGAUUGCCUCUGAUAGCCAAUUCCUGGAGAUGAUGAAGCAUAAGAUCAAAGCUCCCACGAUCACGGGAGGCGGUGGUCGCAUCGAGGACCUGGAUGCAGCGCUGGACUUAAUAGAAGAUCAUCACCAAUACAUCAGCGAGAACCUGGAAACGGUGCGUGCGGGUGGUCAUCCGAACUGGCCUAAGGCGCCCGAGAAGCUGCGGAAGAGGGCGAGCGCUGCGAGGGAACGGUUGGAGGGCGAUUAUAAGUAUCUAUUAAAUGAUGCAGAGCGAUUAGCGCAAAAGUGCAUGGAAGGCAUCACGAUUAUGAUGAACGACGCAAUGCUGCGUUAGUCGCAAAGAGCGACUGAGCAGAUGGACGCUACAAUGAAGCUCACGCUCUUGGCGUUCAUUUUUGCGCCGCUGUCGUUCAUGAUAUCAUUCUUUGGG